CUCCAAAGCAUCGAAGAGUGAGCUUGUCUCAUCGUCUUUUUUCAACAAAGCAAUCCGAAAAGAAAGUAGAGAAAAAUGACUGGCCGUGGAAAAGGUGGAAAGGGUCUUGGGAAAGGAGGUGCCAAGAGACACCGCAAAGUUCUACGUGAUAACAUCCAGGGUAUCACAAAGCCAGCUAUCCGUCGUCUUGCACGUCGUGGUGGCGUGAAGCGUAUCUCCGGGCUGAUCUACGAGGAGACUCGUGGUGUCCUCAAAGUCUUCCUGGAGAAUGUCAUCCGUGAUGCUGUGACAUACACUGAACACGCCAAGAGGAAGACAGUCACGGCAAUGGACGUUGUGUACGCCCUGAAGCGCCAAGGACGCACUCUGUACGGUUUCGGUGGUUAAAUCUUCUGAACAUCUCAUUCCCGGGAAUGCAAUGACAUCAUCGAUAUUACAAAAAAAAACGGUCCUUUUCAGGA